AUGGUCUCUGGUGACAGGUAUUCGACGUCAGCCAUAGCAACAUCAAUAACAACAACAAACUCUGACCCGAUAACCGAGCCACCAAAUAGCAAACGUGUGAUUGCUAAAGGGCUGUUCUUCCAUCGUGGCCGUAUUUUCAAAGAAAAAAAUAUACCUAAACUUGACUUUGAUCCACCCAAGCCGGAGUCCAAGUCCAAGCCCAAGCCCAAGCCCAAGCCCAAGCCCAAGCCCAAGCCCAAGCCCAAGCCCAAGCCCAAGCCCAAGCCAAGGAAUAGAAAGCCCUUUAACCAAGAAGAACCACCAGUACCUGCGAUGUUGCCACGGUUACCACCGUUGCCACCGAUCCAACAUAGCUCGACACAGUUGAUGUCAUCCGAUUUAGAUUUCACGUGCUAUACGUCACCACUACCUCACAUGACAAACCCGUCACCAGAUUCCACUGUCGAUGGGGGGAUGUAUGCGAUUACUGAUGACCAUUUUAUUUUUUUGCUAUUCCACCGCUCGUCAAUGGGACUAGCAUUGUGGAUCAGCCUAACACAAAUCAUCGACUCCAUACGUGGGUUCUUCUAUAGCGGCCAUAGCGUGAAAUGGUGCGUGUACACCAAAAAUGGGAAUGGGAUAUAG